UUUAUCAAAAGAAAAUAAUGGCGUAAUUGAAAGAAACAAGAGAUGGAAAAUGAAUGUGACACAUAUUGCCAUUGGGUCCACCCAUUUGAUAGGAGUAAUCAAAAUGAAAAUUAAAAUGCAUUGGGAUUACAUUUUAUUAUAACCCAGGUGCUCUGUAUCAGUUGUAUUUCAACAGAAAUAACGGCCUCUGUAAAUACACACGUAUGAAUGUAUAAGCGCGUGUAUAUGCCGAGUUUCAUUUAAACAGAGCAAUGUACAUUCGGAAGCAAUGCAACAGAAAAUUUUCCAUCCCUUGUUUCUUCCUCUGCUUUACAUUUUCCCGCAUUUUCUCUCUAGCCAAACACCUCUCGGCUUGCUCCUGAUAAGAACCCAUGGCGACUGCUGCUGGAGAAGAGAAGCCGGUGAUGAUCGUCGGAAUGGACACGAGCGAUCACAGCACGUACGCGCUUGAGUGGACGCUGGACCACUUCUUCGUCCCCUAUGCUCCGAAUCCACCGUUCAGGCUCUUCGUUUUCUACGCCAAACAUUCUUCGCCGUAUCGCUACAUGGAACCUUUUGCAUUGCCUAUCGUGGACUCUCAUUUGAAGCAGGUUGCUGCCGGAGUUAUGGAAAGAGCCGAGCAAAUCUGCCUCAGUAAAUCGGUAACUGGUGCAAGAUUUAAAGUGGUGGACGGAGACCCUAGACUUGUUCUGUGUGAUGCUGUGGACAAACACGCUGCUUCAGUCCUGGUUGUUGGCAAUCAUGGAUAUGGAGCUAUCAAAAGGGCGAUUCUGGGGAGUGUGAGCGACUACUGCGCUCAUCAUGCGCAUUGCACCGUCAUGAUCGCCAAGAAACCCAAGAUCAAAAAAGCUAAAUCUGCCUCUCCCGUUUAAACAAGCGUCAAGCUACAUUGAUUGAUCCCAUUUUUGUAUAUAGAAUAAAACAAUCUAUAUUCGUGCAUGUGGUGUUUGUGUUUGGAACCAAAAAAGAUGGAAGUUUGUGAAUAGGUAUAAUGGUACGGACUCUGUGUCUUGUUGUUGUUCAUGAUUCCCCCAUGGAAU